UAUUAUAUAGUCGGUACUAUACCAAGAGUCGGUAUAUAAAAAGAUUUUGCUAUCCCACCGAUAGAGUGCCUUAAAUCACUGUUAAAGAAAAUGUCACAACUGAUCAUAAUCAUUCGAGUGAUUUAAACUAUAUACGACGAUUUAUAACAAAUGGUUGUAUGUAAAUGGUGUAAUUGUUAAUUAAUUAAAUAAGAUCUCGCAACGCUUAUAUAAUAUAACAAUGAUUAAAUGAAGAGGGCAAUCCUGUUGAAAAAACGCGAAUAUGACAUUGCCUGGCAUUGGUGUGUUUGGUACAGGAAGUAUUGUUAGAGUAAUUAUUCCCUUUUUAAGAGAGAAGGGAUUUAAAAUUAAAGCUAUAUGGGGCAGAACGUUGUCCGAAGUAUCGGAAGCAGCAGCGGACCUGGAGAUACCAUUUCAUACAAGUCGGAUAGACGAUGUACUUCUUAGAAAGGAUGUAGAUUUAAUUUUUAUCAUGUGUUCGCCAAGUUUACAUGCACAGAUUGCAGUCAAAGCUUUGGGCAUUGGAAAACAUGUAGUGUGCGAUAAACCUGCUGGCUUAAGUCAAAGUGAAGCAUUAAAAAUGGUCAGGGCUGCUCAAUAUUAUCCAUCGUUAAUAAGCAUAGUUAAUCAUAGUUUAAGAUUUCUACCAGCAUUUGUUACCAUGAAAAAAGCUUUAGAAGAAGAUUACUUAGAAGGUCCAAUAACAGUAAUUGAAAUUAGAGUACAUAUGGGAAGUUUAUUACAUAACGAUUAUGACUGGUUAUGCGACGAUACGAUGGGUGGUGGUAUUUUGGCUCUGGUAGGGAGCCAUGUUAUAGACUUAAUAUUCCAUUUGGUUGGUCAACGUGCUAUAAGAGUACAUGCUGUUGUUCGAACUUUUACUCAAACUACAAAGUAUAUAAAUGGUAUACGUCAUAUAACAUCACCCGAUUUUUGUACUUUUCAAAUCGAGUUGAGCGGAGGAACACUGGUUACAGCCACAUUGAGUAAUCACUUGCAAGGGCAACUUUCCCAAGAAGUAUUAAUAUGCGGCGGUAGUAAUCAUCUCCUUGUUUGCAAUGGAGACUUAUAUGGAUUUAAAGGAGGACAAGAAGAAAUUCUUUAUAGAGAUACCGAAGAUUUAGAAUUAUCUCUACCUGUUUCUAAUUCUAUUCCACGUCCUUAUAUCAAAGGAUUACGAAAUAUGAUUGCUGCAUUAAGAGAAGCUUUUCAAUCAGUCGAAGAUAAGAAAGGUUGGGUAAAAGAACCCGUCUUUUGUGCUGCUACAUUUGAAGAUGGCCUAUAUGUACAAGCAGUUAUCGAUGCAUUACGUCAAAGUAACAAACGCCGAGAAUGGGCUAAAGUUAAUAUUUUAACAGAAGAGCCUGAUCCAAAUCCAUUACUGAGUGCUGCUGUUAGAGCUACAGCUAUAUCAAUAUAAAGAGAAUAUUUUUAUACGUUCUCAUAGAUGACAAUUAAUUAUUGCAUUCGAUCUUAUUAACAAUUGCACACGUUAAGGCAGCUUACAUGUUUAUCUAUAUAAUCUUUUUUAUUUAAUAUUAAAUUAAUUUUAAUAUGUACUUAAGAAAGUGCAUAUAUUUCUUUUUUUUUUCUUUUCUUCAGACUUUAUAGUUCAAAUUAAAGGUUGUUUAAUUUAUAUGUAACUUUUAACAUAAUUUAAUAUUAUAUAUUGUAUUUUAUAUUCGCGCACAUAUAUUUAAAUAUUUAUUAUAAAAUGAAAAAUAUACAUACAUAUACGUUGUAUUCUUAAUCCAACUUACGUUUGCAGGUGAUCUUACGAAUUUUCGAUGUUUACUCACCGAAAUAUUACAGAAGACUAAUUUGUUUUUAUUUGUCGAGAUAUGUAGAGAUAUGUAGAUUCUAUCGUUAUCUGUUAAUUCUUGAUUUAUGUUAACAGAAAACAAUAAACGGUUAAGGCAUUGAUCUACCUUCACGGUUGACGGUAUUGUCGCGGCUCAA